AUGGUUAACGGAGAUGGCUUCCAGGGGCGGCUAUUCGCCAAGUUUAUUUCUGAACUCCCAGGAACCACAGCGAGGAUCGUCAGCAAUCCAAUUCUAAAUACCGCCAUCAAUCCCACUGACUUCCCUGACGGACAGGCGAAGAAGGCGACCGCCGGGGGUGCUGCUGGCUCGGCCCGGCCCGCCGCGUCUCCAAGAACACCGUCUUCCUCCCGCGGGCGCCGGGCCCCGGAAGCGGCGAAAAGCCACUCGGGAAGCCGUUCGUUCCCCUCUGACCCCGCCCCGAGUCUCGCGCGCCUACCCCGCCCGCCGCGGGCGCGCCGCUGCCCUCCCGCCGCGGCCCACCUGUGCAGACUGCCGACUCUUGACCGCGCCCUCUGCUCGGCCGGAAUGCAACGCACCGACCUCGGCCCCGCACUGGCUGCUGCGCACUGGCUGCUGCGCGCUGUCCCCGCACGCCCCGCCCCCGCUCCGGCCCGCGCGGCGCCACAGGCCUGCCGACCGCCUGUUCCGGCGCCCACACUUCCGACUGGCGCGCUGGGCGGUGCGGGCGGCCGGCCGCGGGCGGAAGUGGUGGAAGUGGGCAGGCUGGGCCGCGGCCGGCGGGCUGGACGCCCGGAUGCUCCCGCCUGGGUCCGCCCCCGCGUGCCCCUUAGUGACUCGAGCCCGGUGACGGGGCGAGGUCCACGAGCGCCUUCGCCGACCCGGCGUACAGCCAUCCUUGGGUCUUCCCAGGUGACUCAGUGGUAAAGACUGGCUGCCAAUGCAGG